AUGCCCUGCCCCUGCCACGUCCUGCCCCUGCCACGUCUCGCCCCUUCCACGCCCUGCUCCUGCCAGCUCUGCUCCUGCCACGUCCUGCUCCUGCCAGCUCUGCUCCUGCCACCUCCCGCUCCUGCCGCCGUCUAUGCGUCGUCGGAGUUCGGGGGCCUCCUCAGAGCCGCCGCAGUGCAGACGACGGAGAACCUGCCCACCAUGUCUGAGCUGUCGAGGGUUUCCGUGAACGAGUCCGCGCUGGUCAUUUACAGAGACACUUUUUCGUCCGCUGUGGCCAAAAAUGUCCUCCUGGUGUCUCUGGGACUGACCAUCAACUACAUCAACGGGAUCCUGAUCCACACCUACAGAAAACACCAGAUAUUCUACACAAACCCGCGCUACAUUCUGUUCGCCCACCUGGUGCUGAAUGACAUGCUCCAACUCUCCUUGAGCAUUGCCAUGUUCAUCAUGAGCUACACGUCUCGUCAGGUGAUCUGCCCCGUGUGUCUGAUCCUCAUGUGCGUGAGCGUCCUGACAUCUCACAACACCACGCUCAACCUGGCCGUCAUGGCGGUCGAAUGUUACAUCGCCGUCUGCUUCCCCCUGCACCACCCCCAGCUCUGCACCAUCCAGCGCACCUACGGCCUCAUCGCCGGCAUCUGGGCCCUGACCACCCUCAUCAUUCUGCCCGACAUCUUCAUCCUGGUGGUCACCAAACCUCCAGAGUUCUUUGUGUCUACAGUUUACUGUGAGAGAGCCAGUCUCUUCGACCACCCGGUCAUCAUGAUGAAGAGGGACGUCCAGUACAUCGUGUACCUGUCCGGAGUCUGGUUCAUCCUCAUCUACACGUACUGCCACAUUUUCUUCGCGGCUCGAGCGGCGAAGUCGUCUGCACAAGAUUCCAGAAAAGCACGGAACACCAUCCUGCUCCAUGGCUUCCAGCUGCUCCUCUGCAUGUUGUCUUACGUCGACCACUUCCUGCUCAGGGUUCUGAUGAUCUGGUUCCUUCAGUACAUCGUUCACAUUGCGUUUGUCAUUUAUGUGAUCGUCAUGAUCCUGCCGCGUCUCAUCAGCCCCAUCCUGUACGGGCUCAGGGACAAGGUGUUCAGGGAGCACUUCACCAAGUACCUGGUCUUUACUGUCGUCAUCAAGAGUUAG